AUGGCCAAGAAAAUAGGCGUUUUGGAGAAGAUGAAAGGCUACUCUUCGUCUGCUAUGAAGCAGUUUAUAGCUCUCCUAAAGAAGAUCUACGGUAGAUUUCAACAGCAACUCAAGAGAUUACAUCGAGCCCCGAAACACGACGCAAAAGCUAAAGAGUCAACAACACCUUUAGCCACAAACAAAGAGUCAGAGACUCAAAAAGUGACAGAUAUGAAAGAAGGAGUGGAUACGCAAACAGUGACAGGAAAAGAAGAAUCACCUCAUCUUGACAAUAAAGACGUAACAACUGAGCCGAAAAUAGCACGUCCCGACGCAGAAAAAGAUAGUGUUGUCAAACCAACUGAAACGACGAAAGAAAUGACAGGGGAACACGAACCAGUGCAACCAGUCGCAGAAGAAAAUGUUGUGGAACCAAAGAGUGGUGAAAAUGCUGAAAUACAUGCUGGUGAAGGAGAAAACGAUGCCGCUAGCUUGCGGGCUUCAGCUACGACUGAAGAAGGCAACGUUGGAAAGAAAUCGCCGACCUUUUUGAAAAAGUCACGUCAAGCUCUCAACAACAAAAUUAACAGUGCAUUAAGCAUAUUCAACAGCAAGACGAAGCCAGUGCCAACUACGAAUUCUGCCGACACUUUAACUGAAACGACGAAAGAAAUGACAGGGGAACACGAACCAGUGCAACCAGUCGCAGAAGAAAAUGUUGUGGAACCAAAGAGUGGUGAAAAUGCUGAAAUACAUGCUGGUGAAGGAGAAAACGAUGCCGCUAGCUUGCGGGCUUCAGCUACGACUGAAGAAGGCAACGUUGGAAAGAAAUCGCCGACAUUUUUGAAAAAGUCACGUCAAGCUCUCAACAACAAAAUUAACAGUGCAUUAAGCAUAUUCAACCGCAAGACGAAGCCAGUGCCAACUACGAAUUCUGCCGACACUUUAACUGAAACGACGAAAGAAAUGACAGGGGAACACGAACCAGUGCAACCAGUCGCAGAAGAAAAUGUUGUGGAACCAAAGAGUGGUGAAAAUGCUGAAAUACAUGCUGGUGAAGGAGAAAACGAUGCCGCUAGCUUGCGGGCUUCAGCUACGACUGAAGAAGGCAACGUUGGAAAGAAAUCGCCGACCUUUUUGAAAAAGUCACGUCAAGCUCUCAACAACAAAAUUAACAGUGCAUUAAGCAUAUUCAACCGCAAGACGAAGCCAGUGCCAACUACGAAUUCUGCCGAUUCUCGACCACCACUUGGUGAAGGAGGGAAUGAUGUUCCAAACACGAAUGUUGUCUCCGAGGCGACCACAAGUGAAGUGACAGGGAACUCAAAUUCUGUACAUUCCAUCACAGAAAAAGAAAAUGCUGUCGCUGAUGGGGGUGUUGGUAUUAAUGAAAGAGAUAACGUCGUUGUGCCUAAAAUACCAGGAAAAAGUAUGAAAAUGAUAAUGAAGAAAUUCGCCGAACUAUUGAAACAACCAAAGAGUGGUGCAAAGAAUAACGCACUUACUGGUGAAGGAGCAAAUGAUGUCGUCAACGCGGCCCAAGGUGGAGAAAGUGGCACCUCUCGCUUGGUCGGCGAAAUUGGGGAUGACGCUGGUGGUGCAGGUAAAAAAGCACAUGAUUCAUCUAACACGCUUGAGGAAGGAACAAAGAAAGAGGAUUAG